AAAAAGCUCGCCGAUAUUUCUCGUCUCCCUCGUAAAUUCUCAAUAGGCUGAUUGACAACAAAAGGCUCUUGCAUUUUGAGAAACAUUGUUGUUUCAUUAAAUGUUUCUUAAAUAAGUGUUCUGUGCGAAACGCCUGUAAUCGUGAUUUACAUCGUGGAGGAAAAAAUAUGAAGAGAAGAAAUGCCGAAACUGGCAAAAUGCGGCGCCCCCUAAAGCGCACCAAAAUCACUGAAGGAAUGUACGGAAACUCGAUGCUGUACCUGAAGUUUGUGAUGCUCUGGGCGACUGUAGUGAUGGCUGACUACAUGCUGGAGUUCAGAUUUGAGUUCCUCUGGCCCUUCUGGAUGAUGCUGAGAUCUGUAUAUGACUCAUAUAAAUUUCAAGGACUUGCCUUCUCAGUAUUCUUCAUCUGCAUCGCGCUAACGUCCGACAUGAUUUGCUUCUUCUUCAUACCACUACAGUAUAUAUUCUUCGCCGCGAGCACCUACGUUUGGGUGCAAUAUGUCUGGUACACAUUUGCAGACAAAGGCAUAUGCCUACCAACGGUAGCGAUAUGCUGCCUUGUCGUAUACGUAGAGGGCGCUUUGCGAGGCGAGCGUGCAAGUAGUCUAGAGCUUUAUCGGCCUCUCGCGGCCCACUGCGUGGGGUACCCCGCGGUCAGUCUGGGCUUCGGGGUCAAGUCGUAUGUGGGCCAUCGGCUGCGGCUGAGGAGGCAGCGGCAGGUCCGCGCCGAGAACGAGUUCUACUUCCAGCUCAUGAGGGACGCGAUACCCGAGAGUGCGCUGGAACAGAGCCCGCAGACCUCCGCGGCGGCGGAGGGCGAGGCGCUCGUGCGCAGGAAGUGCCGCGACGCCAACGGCGACGCCACACAUAAGUUAGAUAAAUGUGAGAAACAUUUGUCGGCGCAUGCGCGCGACAAGCCGGCGCUGGCCAACGGCAGCGCGCCCGGCGCCGACCACGAACACGGGAAAGUUGCAGGUGGUGCCAAAAACUCAAAGUGUGAUAAAAAAGAGGCUAGUACAUUAAGAGAAGAGAAGAAACGGAGUAAAAACAAGGACAAAGAUAAGGAUAAGGACAGCGAUAGUCAUAAGAGUACAGAACAAACAAAAGAACAUAUAGUUAAAGAAGUAGAAAGUACAAAAGAAAGUGUAAAAAGUAAGGAGUGUAAUGGAUACAAAGAUGAUAAGAAAGAAAGAGAGAGGGAAUUGAAGGAGCGAGAAAGAGAACGCGAGCGGGAACGCGAACAGCGAGAAGUUCGCGAAGCGCGCGAGUAUUCAGAGGAGUUGAAACGCGUUAAAGCGGAGUUAGCGGCUGCACUCGUGCGGGAGGCGGACGCGCGUCUAGCGCUCGCAGCCGCUGCAGCCGCUGAGCGGCAGCGCCGCGCCGACCACAACCACCUCAAGCAGGCGCACGCAGCGUUGCAGCACAAGAUGUCGGCGUGGCGCGGCGGCGAGCGCGCGCUGGAGCGCCGCCUGGGCGAGGAGCGCCGCGCGCGCAGCGCCGCCGAGCACCAGCUGCUGCGGCACGCGCACGCGCACGCGCACGCGCACAGCGGUGAAUGUGAUAAUGAGUGGUGCAGAAGUCGCCGCUCAGCGCUCGAGAGCGAGAGCUCAGCUCUGAGGAGAGAGUUGACUCGAGUCAGAGACUCACACCAGCAGCUGCAGCGGGAUCUGGACCACGCUCAGCACCAGAUGCGGUCGCUGGAGGCGCUGGCGGAGGAGUCGAGCCCCACGCGGCAGUCGCCGCUGCGGGCGCUGCAGGAGCGCGCGGCGCACCUGCAGCGCUCGCUGUCCGCGGAGACCCGCGUCAAGCUGGAUCUGCUGUCCGCGCUGGGCGACGCCAAGCGGCAGCUGCUCAUACAGGAAGGUGUAAUAUCGAACAAAGAGAAGGAGAUAUCAGAGCUGAAGGCGCAGCUGCUGGCCGUGAUGCCGGCGGAGCUGGUGUCGCUGCACGCGCCCCUCGACCCCAACGCGUCCGUGUACACGCCCAAGCAGCUCUGCUCCGACGCCUGAACUCGUCGCCCGACCUGUAUCGCGACUGGUGGAGCCAUUCGUAAGAUUUACACACAUUGCCGUUGUUGGAUUACUGUUUUGUUGGGAUAAUAAAUGUAUACGGACAAAUCGCACAUACUGAGUUCUCGAAAUUGUGUUUAGGGAUACAAAACGAUACUUUUUUUGUAACAGAAAAAUUAAUAGUACGAAAAUAACAUACGAAAACCAACUAAAUGAAAUUUGCUAGGAAAAAUCAAUAAUGUCUGAUUUAUCGCUAAACCCACCUCCUAAGGAAAUAAAUAAAGAAUUUUGCUUUUUUAAUGACAUGAGAAGUGGUUAAAGUACAAAAGUAUUGUUCGAUAUACAGUUCUUAGUUUUGGAAUAGUCAACUAAACCACAACAAAUUCACGAGACUCUAAUCAUGUCAAGUCUAUCUGUUUUUUUCAUUGAAGUUACUAAAUUCGAAGGAUUGAACGCUGGUAUCGAUACCGAACACUCAUUAUAUGACAUGAUAUUUAUAUCGAUACUACUCAAUAUCGAGUAAUGUUCAAAUAUAUAUAUAUAUAUAUAUAUAUUUCUACACAUUUUAUUGCAUGCCACAUGCAUUUUAACUAAAUUUAAAUAAUGAAAUAAAUCAUACAUAUUUUUAUUACGAUCAACUGGAUUUAUUAUCAACGCGAAUAAAUUGUACGAAAAAAUGACUUCUAAUAUAUUUUCUUUUAUUUAUCAAUCAACUAUAAAUUAUAUUUCAACAUAGCAUACAUGAAGUUUUAGAUAAUACUGGAGUCCACAACCUCUCUCUUUCAUCUGUUGUCCGACGUCUCUGUCUUUAGCGAGGUGAACGAGCGAGACCGCGCAAGAACGAGAGGUCCGACCUACAUAUGAAUGAGAUAGCAAUCCCAACUAAUAUUAUAAAUGCGAAAGCAAGUUUGUUACAUCUUCAUGCAUUAUCUACUGGACCGAUGGUUAUGAAAUUUGGUACACGGGUAGAAAGUAAUCUGUAAUAACACAUAGGGUACUUUUUAUCCCGAAAUUCCCACGGGAGCGAAGCCCCGGGGCGCAACUAGUAUAUAUAUAUACUUUGCGUCGUAACAUUUUAAGUCCGGGCAUCAGUAUUACCUAUAGCUUCAUAGUACAAUGAUACAGAUAUUACAAUAUUAUUUUCGCCCUAUCAUCUCGGGUUCUAAACAAUAUAUCGCGGUGAUAACUAUACAAGAUUUUAAUUUAGACCAUCCGCUAUACAACUGACAAAAUCGAGUCAAAUUCCAAUCCAGUACUUUUUACGUUGUGCGCGAACAAACAACCCACUUAUAGAUUUUUUAUAUGUAUAGAUGGCAAUCUUACGAAUGGCGCCUCCGUCUUAAUCCGCCGCCUACUGGUUUUUGUAUGGGCGUUAGUUUGAUCUCAUAUCGUAUAUUUUACCGAUUGGUGGCCCCCGGGCGGAUUGUUCUUAAUUUAUUUGUUACUUAUUAAUGUUAAAUUUUUGCGCUUUUGGGAAAAAAUAUAUCGCACUAGUAACAUUUUCUAUUGGUUGAAAAAUGGAUUAAUUUCUAGUCGCCAUAUUUUUUAAAGACGUCAGAGCAUCGUGAACUAACUUGUGUAUUUACUUGAAAAAUAACAAUUAUUAAUAUUAAGUAACAAGUUGCACGCGAAAUGUUUCUCUUUCGCCUAGUAACAAUUGGUCAGUGUGAAUAUUUAAUGUGUGAAAUGUAUGUAAAAAGUUAUAUCUGCGAUACAUGAUACUUUAACAUCGACAGAAUUAAAAAAAUACCAGUCAAAAAUAUCUACAUGCGGGAUUAUAAUUUUAUAGUGUUUUUUUUUCUCAUUUUCUCAGUGGCCAGUGUCAAAAUGUUCAAUCAAUAGAAGUGUGUAUAAUCUGUGCGUAAAUUUAGCGCGAGUAUUCAUUAUUGUGAAGCGCGAUCCCGAUGUUCAAUGUCCAUACAAACAUCGGUAGAACCAACAAAGAUAACGUUAGUUUUGUAACCGUGUACGUAACUUGACCGGGGCCCUGGGUGAGCGACUAAUGCGGCACGGCGACGCGUCGAUAUCAAAUGUGUCAGGAAACUCAUGUAAGUGCAGCGUUCCGUCGCUCACCUAGCACGCCGGGCGAGACAGAGCGUUUAUUUUUUCAUAAAUGAAAUAUUUGGAUUCACAUAUUGUACCUGUAAUUUGGUGACUAGUGAUUCUCAAGUACUAGUUGCGCCCGCAAGUCAAAUAGUGUAUGCUCAUAUUUUUGUAUAUCCGAUACGCAAAGCUUGGUGCGAGUUUUCGAUUGGAACUCGAUCGCGUUCGCGUGUCACUUCAUCACAUCACGUCCCAAUGUUGGCAGCGAAACGAAAUCGCCAUCAAGUUUUAAUCGUAAGCUCGCACGCUCAGAUAUUUUUCCACUGAAUGAUCUAUAGAUUGAUCUCGAACGCAUAAUGAUUGGGAGUGAUGUAGUUUGAGCUGCAGUCCCUUGUGUUCUUUUAAAUUUAUGUGAUAAACUGUACAAAAUAUAAGAUCUGAUUCGAGUCUUCUUCUUUAUAUAAAUUGUAGUUUAUUGACGUUUAGUCCAAUUUGUGAGUGGGUCUAAUGGUGUAGUCGCCUGUUUCUAUCGUUGAACUAAUUUUACUAAAGCGCGUAUCAUUUAAUAGUUCCAUUGUAAAACUUAAUAUGCGCCAGAAAGUUUUUAAUCCAGAUUCGUUAAUUUUUGAAAAUCCUCUCGAAGAAGCGUUACGGUAGAAGCGUGUGUAGAACCUUAGUUCUACACACGCUUCUACGCUCCCACUCAGCACUAAGACGUUCAUUGAAAAGUGAGCUUUGAGGCGUCCUCUGUAGAUAUACUUUUGAUUGGCAACAAAUUAGUUAUGUCAAUCUAAAGUAGUGCCUACAGAGUACAACUUAAAGGUCACUUCAAUGAACGUCAUGUGCCGGGUGAGCGGUGCGGUGGUAGAAAGGUGAUAUUAAUAGUGAUCGGUCGAUGUCUUGUGUCGAUCUGUGGGUCUUUUUGCCUGUGGUUCUAUCAAUCUGAUCAAAGAUCUUUUGGGCCUGUUUCACCGGUUGCUGAUAAAGUAUCUGAUAGCCUAUAUGUAACAUAUCUAACAGAUAGCGUUGAAAAUUGUAUCUCACAAAUGUUAGAUACGGCUAACUGGCCAAUCCCAAUCAUAACAGGCUGUUAAUCUAGCUGUUAAUUUAUCUGCCAGAUUACAAUAUGAUAUUUUAUCAGAAUGUGACGAAACAGAGUUGAGCAAGUAUGAAAUAGUUAAUUUAGAAUAUCAUUAGUUUUACUGUCAAUAUUACGGCAAAAGAACUAUUAGAUGAGACGCAUUCAUCUGUUUGAUGUUGUUACGCCAUGACACUAUUGGUUAGGCGCUGCGUAAAUGUGGAAUCCACUUUUAAUGUAGUUCUCCUUCAAAAAAUAUAUAUUUUAUAUAUUAGCAUUAUCGCAGAGAUUUUUUUAUUUUGUCAAGUUGUGUGUAUUCGCUAUAAUGGCGCCAUCUUUAGACUAUAUUCUUUUAUAGUAACAGUUAUGUGAAAUGGCGCAGCGCCGCGAUUGCUCAGAAUAUAAACGUGGAGUAAUUUUAUGGAUAUAACACUUCCAUCCUAGAUUGGACCCUCCUCGGGUGAUAGAUUUUAGCUGUUUUUAUUUAUUUAAGGCUAAAUAUCAGUUACUUCCAUAAUACUAAGUGUUAAAAAAUAUUUUUAAUACGCUUGUAAUAUUACAGCACUAAUGUAUUAAAAAUGAUGAUACACAACUUAUUUUAAUCCCGCCUAGUCAUAACUGUUAAUUUUUAUUCGGAACUAGCUGUUGGCCGCGGCUUCAACCGGAAAAAUAACUGUUGCCGUGGCAAAUUAACGAUUUGCCACGGCAACAGUUAUUUUUCCGGAAUGAAAGGUGCCCUGUGUCCUUCUUCAUACUUCAAACUACAUGUAUGCAAAAUUUCAAGAAGAUUGGUUGAGUAGAUAGAGCGUGAAGAGGUAACAAACAAACUUACUUUCGCAUUUAUAAUAUUAGGAUAACUGAAUGUGCAAAAGCCUAUUCUAUCUAGACAGAUAAAGCACAACAUUUGAGGUCUAAUAUUAAAAAAAAAAUGAGCAAUAUAAACUGUGUUCACUGAAACCGAGUAAAAUAUAAUCUGUUCAAAAGUUUAUUGAAAUAUAUUAAGUGUGUUAUAUUUGUAAAUAGAUAUGAAUGAUAUAAAAACCGAUCCACAAAAUUACUUCAAGUUUAUUGCAUAAAAAUCAGUCAUAUUUCUCAGUUAAUAAUGUGACGUUUUAAAUUAAAAUAAUAAUGAAACUCAUCCUAAAUGUCUUCUUGGAGGAUAAACCUAAACUGAAAUUAUUGUCCAUAAUGGUCCGUUAGCUUCCAUAUUUCUGGGCACUUUUGCAUUUACAUAGUACAAUGUUAAUUUAAAUUUUCAGACACAAAACUUAAUGAUGUGUUAGAAGUAAUGUUAACUAACGUGGAGACGUUACGGCGUCAUAGACAAACAUAUAGCUACAACGCCAACGAAUAUGUAUCUCUUUGACACUAUAAUGAUAAAAAGAGAUGUCGCCCGAAAUGGCUGGUCCAUAUUCAAAGUGCCCGGGCAUUAUUAAUAAUGUUAUAAUUAAUCACUUUGUCCAUAACAUAUACAUAUAUUCGUUCGAAUGAGAACCCUAAAUAUAGUCCACAAGAUUUCCUUUUUAAAUUUUUAACCACACCCAGUCAUGAACUGAGUAUGAUCAAAAAUUAAAUAAGGAGACGGAAAGUGAAUUUGUGGUAUGUAGCUAUGUGUAUGACUGUGGGUCGAUAGCGUUGAAACUAUUGGUUCUAUCUCGAGAGAUGUCCGUGACAAAUUCGACAUGGAUAAAACCUGAUGAUUACUUAAAAGGAUCGCUAAUUUUAUAUAUUGUAAAGAGUCCGCUCAAAAAAUAAAUUGCGUUAUGUCGUUAUAGCAGAGGGCUUUUAUUUUCUAGUAAGGUUUUUUUUUUCUUUGACUAAAUAAUCGUGAUAUCAAUACUAAACAAACAUAAAUUCUUCAUUUAACGUAAAUGAGCAUAAUAGAGAAAUUUUUGCAAUCAUCACUAAAUAAAAACUAUAUUCACAUUCAUAAGAGGGCAAAAAACAGUCCUAAGUUUUGAACUGCUGUUGAUGACAUAACGUAAUACAGAUGGCAAAAUGUGAAGUACAGAAUUUUGGAAAACGAAGUUUGUGAAGUGACGCACAUAAAAUCUAAAAUGCGACAAAGAUCUUUUGGCGCGUGCGAAACAUCAUAACUAAACAUUGUAACAAACUUAAUAAAGGUUAUGGGUUACAGGAACGCUCUCUCGUCUGUCAUCCAAGUGUCAAAUGUUAAUGCUCAAACACUUGCAAUCAGGCAUUGAGUUAGCUCACUUUUGGAAGACAUUAUUAUUUAUAUUUGAACUAUAUCUCGAAUGUACAGUAGGGGGCAGAUAAAUAUACUCCAUCGACAAGAACGAGUCUUAAUUUAUUAAUUGAUUAUUUGACGUCGAUAUUAUGUAUAAUUUCGUCCUAUAAUUUUAAUAAUGCAUGCCUGGUAAGGCAAACUAUAUCUCGUAUGUACAGUUGGAGGCAGAUAAGCAUAACCCCAGUUAGUAAGGGAGUCAGGUUUAUCUGCACCCGACUGUAUAUCUAUACUUUGUAACUGAAAAAACUGAAAGUGUGUAAAAAACUGAAAGUAUUUUUGAGUUUGAAACGCAAAAAAGUGUCAAAAGAUCCUUGUCGUUGUGUAAACGUAUCCUGUUAUUCUGUAUUACUUUGAGAUUGUGACGUUUUGUCGCCCGCUUCUAGUCUUUGUCGGGUCGGUUUACAUCUCGCACAAGAUUUGUUUACAUUUUAAUUCUUAUUUGUUUAAUGUUUGGCUAUUUUUGUUUCGUUUACUAGUAUUAAUAGAUGCCGCAGAUGUCAAAUUUUUGUGUAACAAGCGCCAAUGAGGGAUAACACGAACGAAUUCGCUGAUAGCAACUGGUGUAGUGUGAGGUAUGUUCAAGGCGUAUUUGAAAGGUUGUAUUGUGCGGUUUUUUUUUAAAUGUUCGGCCUACUGAAUGGGGCCACGCUAGACUGUGGCGCUAACUGACCCCUUAGUCAGUCAGUACAAAAAUACGUCAGAAUUCGUCAAUUCUGUUGUUGUAUAUUUGUAAGUAGAAAACCUGAAAAAUUUAUGAUUGGUAAAAGUCGAGUGAAAACGCGGAAUGGAACUAAAAUUAUUGUGAAUGUAUUGUAUAUUGUCGCUUGUUACAAACUAAAAUUCAAAGGUUGUCUACAAACGAGUGAGAUUAAGCGGCGGCGAUGUGAAUCGACCUUUUGUGUUAUUUAUAAAUAAAAUAUUUUAAGAGGUUUAGUUUUAGCCGACUGCGUACUGCUCUCGAAGUCAAACUUCCUUUUUUUGAAUCUGGAAUUGUGAAAUAAGUACUUAAUUUAGCUUUAUAUCGACGACAUUAUUUUAUAAAGUCCACGGCAUCACAGAUGUAUAUUUUUACACGAUACAAGUUUCCGUGUCAGAACUUUGGUACAAGCCACGCGAUCUGAAUUUUCACUAGUGAAAUGUAAGCGGUAAUAUUUGUUUGUAUGAACUGAUGCUGUAACAGCAAUAAAAAAUCAGACUUGUG